GGAAGGGCAGACUGAGGCUGCUGGCUGAAAUAGAGGAGAGCACAGUAGCAGUGUCCCAUCCCGGGAGGAGGAGGUAGCCCUGCUGAGAUGAUGACAGAGGUAGAAGCAGCGCAGCUGAAGGAGGAAGGCAACCGGCAUUUCCAGCUCCAGGACUACAAGGCAGCGAUGAAAAGCUACAGCCAGGCCCUGAAGCUGACCAAGGACAAGGCUCUGCUGGCCACUCUCUAUCGGAACCGGGCAGCCUGUGGCCUGAAAAUGGAGAGCUACGCUCAGGCCGCUUCGGAUGCCUCCAGAGCCAUCGACAUUGACUCCAGAGACAUCAAGGCUCUGUAUCGGCGAUGCCAGGCACUUGAGCACUUGGGGAAGUUGGACCAAGCCUUUAAGGAUGUGCAGCGCUGUGCCACCCUGGAGCCAUGGAACCAUAGCUUCCAGGAGAUGCUGAGGAGGCUCAACACCAGCAUCCAGGAGAAGCUCCGAGUGCAGUUCUCCACAGACUCGAGAGUACAGAAGAUGUUUGAGAUCCUCUUGGAUGAAAACAGUGAGGCUGAUAAGCGAGAAAAGGCUGCCAACAAUCUCAUUGUCCUAGGCCGUGAGGAAGCAGGGGCUGAGAGAAUCUUCCAGAACAAUGGAGUGGCCCUGCUGCUGCAGCUUCUGGACACUAAGAGGCCUGAGCUGGUGCUGGCUGCAAUUCGGACCCUGUCGGGCAUGUGCAGUGGCCACCGAGCUAGGGCCACAGCGAUUCUGCACGCAGUCCGAAUAGACAGAAUCUGCAGCCUCAUGGCCGUGGAGGACAAGGAGAUGUCUCUGGCCGUCUGCAACCUGCUCCAGACCAUCAUCGACUCCCUGUCUGGGGAGGACAAGAGGGAACACCGGGGGAAGGAGGAGGCCCUGGUUCUAGACACCAAGAAGGACCUGAAGCAGAUCACCAGCCACCUGCUUGACAUGCUGGUCAGUAAGAAGGUGUCUGGCCAGGGCAGGGACCAGGCGCUGAACCUGCUCAAUAAGAAUGUCCCCAGGAAGGACCUCGCCAUUCAUGACAACUCGCGCACCAUCUAUGUGGUGGAUAAUGGCCUGAGAAAGAUCCUGAAGGUCGUAGGGCAGGUUCCAGACCUGCCCUCCUGCCUGCCUCUGACUGAAAACACCCGAAUGCUGGCCUCUAUCCUCAUCAGCAAGCUCUAUGACGACCUGCGCUGCGACCCGGAGCGGGAUCACUUCCGCAAGAUCUGUGAGGAGUACAUCACGGGCAAGUUUGACCCCCAGGACAUGGACAAGAAUGUGAAUGCUAUUCAGACGGUGUCAGGGAUUCUGCAAGGGCCCUUCGACCUUGGCAAUCAGCUCCUGGGAAUGAAAGGUGUGAUGGAGGUGAUGGUGGCACUGUGUGGCUCAGAGAGAGAGGCAGACCAGCUGGUGGCAGUGGAGGCGCUCAUCCAUGCCUCCACCAAGCUCAGCCGAGCCACCUUCAUCAUCACCAAUGGUGUGUCCUUGCUCAAAGAAAUCUACAAGACCACCAAAAAUGAGAAGAUCAAGAUCCGCACGCUGGUGGGACUCUGUAAGCUGGGCUCUGCCGGUGGCACAGACUAUGGUCUCAGGCAGUUUGCCGAAGGAUCAACUGAGAAGCUGGCCAAGCAGUGUCGCAAGUGGCUGUGCAACACAACCAUAGACACCCGGACCAGGCGUUGGGCAGUGGAGGGCCUGGCCUACCUCACGCUGGACGCUGAUGUAAAGGAUGACUUUGUCCAGGACAUCCCUGCUCUGCAGGCCAUGUUCGAGCUGGCCAAGACCAGUGACAAGACCAUUCUGUACUCGGUGGCCACCACCCUGGUGAACUGCACCAAUAGCUAUGAUGUCAAGGAGCUCAUCCCAGAGCUGGUGCAGCUCGCCAAGUUCUCCAAGCAGCAUGUGCCUGAGGAGCAUCCCAAGGACAAGAAGGACUUUGUAGACAUUCGAGUGAAGCGGCUCUUGAAGACAGGUGUUGUCUCUGCACUGGCCUGCAUGGUCAAAGCAGACAGUGCUGUCCUCACCGACCAGACCAAGGAACUGCUGGCCAGGGUCUUCCUGGCACUGUGUGACAACCCAAAGGACCGAGGCACCAUUGUGGCUCAAGGUGGUGGCAAGGCCCUGAUCCCCCUGGCUUUGGAGGGCACAGACGUGGGCAAAGUGAAGGCAGCGCACGCUCUAGCCAAGAUCGCCGCUGUCUCCAAUCCAGACAUCGCCUUCCCCGGGGAGCGGGUGUAUGAGGUGGUGCGGCCCCUCGUAAGUCUCCUGGACACACAGAGGGAUGGGCUUCAGAACUAUGAGGCUCUCCUAGGCCUCACCAACCUGUCUGGGCGGAGCGACAAACUCCGGCAGAAGAUCUUCAAGGAGAAGGCCUUGCCAGACAUCGAAAACUACAUGUUUGAGAACCAUGACCAGCUGCGACAGGCGGCCACAGAGUGCAUGUGCAACAUGGUGGUCAACAAGGAGGUUCAGGAGAGGUUCCUGGCUGACGGGAAUGACCGGCUGAAGCUGGUGGUGCUGCUGUGUGGGGAGGAUGACGACAAGCUGCAGAGUGCAGCUGCAGGGGCCCUGGCCAUGCUGACAGCGGCACACAAGAAGCUGUGUCUUAAGAUGACCCAAGUGACACCCCAGUGGUUGGAGAUCCUGCAGCGACUUUGCCUGCAUGACCAACUGUCAGUGCAGCACCGCGGCCUGGUCAUCGCCUACAACCUCCUGGUGGCUGAUGCUGAGCUGGCCAAGAAGCUGGUGGAGAGUGAGCUUCUGGAGAUCCUGACUGUGGUGGGCAAGCAGGAGCCUGAUGAGAAGAAGGCGGCUGUGGUUCAGACAGCCCGGGAAUGUCUCAUCAAAUGCAUGGAUUAUGGCUUCAUUAAGCCGGUGUCAUAGACUGGGGCCCACAGGGGUGCUGGGGCUGGCCCUGUGCUGUGCUAAGUCUUGAGCUGGGUACUCCCAGAGUGUCAGGUCAUUCAGGGAUCAUCGCAGUGAUGAUGAAGUCCCAAUAUAAAGGAAAGACUUGAUUGUCCCCUGAGUUGUCAGUCUUCCCCUUUGUCCUGGGAAAGUUUGGGGAAUAUUUCACUGGCAUCCUUGCUCUCUGCCUCCUUACAUUUGUCAUGUUUCAGAAAUUCCUAGAAUAACUUUCAUCCAUGAUUACAAGACAGGUUGGAUAAUUUCUUCUUGUACCUAUUCUGAAGGUCAAGAUAAUGGGCUGGAGUUCUUUCUGUUUUGGAAAAUGGAUUUUGUGGAAAGGUAGGAACUAACCAGUGUGUGACUAUAAAGAUUAAUGCUGUGUUGAGUUUGUAUGAUGAUCUGUGGUGGCCUUCACACCUUCUCUCCCAUAUUGUUGAAUUAGACUGUUCUGAACUCUGUCUCAGCUGCAGUGCUCUGUCCCAGCCCUAUACCCAUCCUGACACUCAACUAUGAUAGAAAUAGUUUAUGUUCAGCAUGUGACAUGACUGUUGCAAUUUGCUUCGGAAAUUUAUCCAAGCAGGAUGGAUGUGAUAAACAUAAAUAAGACCAACUCAAAGUAGUUCAAGCAAAAAUAAGUAAUUCACUGAUGCAUAUAUCUUGGCCACCCAGGGAAAGAUCUGAUGUUAUGAGACCCAGUGGUUCAAAUGUCAUUGCCAAUAUUAUUUUCUGUAUGUGUUUUUUUCUCCCUAUCCUUUCCCCUCCCCAUAUCUUGUAUUUGUUUUCCUCUGCCUUGACCUCAUUCUCUGGCAGGCUCUCUCCAUGUGGUAGGAAAAACAGACCUCAGUAGCACCAAACUCACAUAAUUGUAAUAGUUCAUUGUGGAAGAGAAGAGAAAUGAUGAUUCCCAGUAACCCAGCAGAAUUCCUGGUUGGUAUGUCUAACUUGGGUCAUUUUCUAACCCAUGAGCCAAUCAUAUCCAGAGGUGGAUGCUCAUUGUCAGGCCUGGGUCAUGUCAACAAGUGCAGGGAUGAUAGCUUCAUCCCUAUCCAACUAAACUGGUUAGGAUUACUAAGGAAAGGAAUAGGCAUGGUACCACUGAAGAAUGAAUAUUGGGGCAGAUCAAAGAACACAUUCUGUAUGUCAGGCUCCGCCAGAGAAGAACGACACAAGCGAUACAUUUAUAGAUCUAAAUACCUCUAUUGAUAUUGCCUUUCUAGUAGGGUUAAGAUAACUGUGAUUGAAAGAAAAAGAAGAAGAAGAAAACAAAGAUAACUGUGAUUGAGCACUGUCAUUCCAGUAUGUCUCAAUUCUAUCCACAUUUGUUGAAGGUUCAACAGUUCUGACAUCAGCAUUGAGUAGAGGAUAGAACAUUCAGCUUCAUGGUUCUUGAUAAAAUAAUUAAAAUUAUUUUGGUACAAUAAAUAUAAUUGUACACAAGCCUGGACAUCAGCUGGAAGAGGAGUGGAUUAUUUGAAAAUUAUGCUGUUGGGAUAUGGGCCAAAUCUUAACAUAACAUCCCACUCCACCUCAGAGAACAGGAAUAUCAGGAAAACCUUUGUUUCUCAGAUCUUUUUUGUACUAACAAUCCUCACAUACACUUUGCUAACCCUUAUACCAAUUUGUUUUACAGCACAAAACUAUGCUCAUAAGAUUCUACUUGGGCUGGCAGAGUAGCCAGAGGUACAGCAUUCUGCCUAACAAGCGUGAGGCCCUGAGUUCAAACUCCAGUACCAAAAAAAAAAGUCCUCUUUAUUCUGACAGAGAGUAAUACU